AUGGCGGGACGCCUUGGCAGCCUUGUUCUGCUUGGAGCGGCGACCUGGGCGACCUGGGCCUUCUGUCCCCCUCUGGGUCGACGACCGCCGUUGUCGUCGCGUCCGUCGCGUCCCAGCCGGGUCCCGCGGGCGGAUCGGCUGUUCGACUCGGAGACCGGGGUGUUCAAGGCGGAAACGAAUAUCAAGGUGCGCUUGGCCGCGGACAUCAACGCGCCGACGCUGGCGGGUGCCGAGAGCAAGAAGCUGAAGAGUGGCGAGUGGGUCUCGGUGAUCAAAGCGGGGGAGUUCUUUCAGGCCUCAGAGCUCAAGCAGAAGGAUGGGCAGACCUAUCUGAAGUUGGCCGACCAAGACGGCUGGGUCUUUGGCAAGGGCAUCGCAGGCGAAUGGCGGGGAAAGGACAUUGUGGUGCCAGUCGCGGAGGCGGAUGUGAUCAAUGCCAAGGCCAAAAUCGUGGCGAACACCAUGGAGCGGCAACUGAUCCGAGAUGAUUCCGACAAGUUCGCCCUGUAUGUGAUUGGUGCAGCCCUCCUCCUGGUGGCGGUGGAACGGAUCUGGGAGGAGCUGAACCAGCCUUCUCGGACACCAGACCGGAUGAAACGCAGCUUGGCGAGUGACGGCGAGAAGCUACGGAUGAUUCGCAUCCAGCUGAACAGCUUGAGGAAGGAGUUAAGCUCACUGGAACCCGAUGCUCAAGAGGUCGAUGAGACGACGGCCGACGUCACGGCGGCCGAGGCGUCUUCGGAUGAGGCCUCACUCCUGCAAUCUGACAUAGAAGUUCAGAGGCCCGUCGACCCCGAACUGCUGAUGGAGGUGACCAAUGCGACCAGCAGCCAAAGCUAUUGGCAGCUGCUAGGGCAAGAGAUGGCACAGGAAGGCGCUUUCCACUACCUGGCCACGCGCGCUGGCUUCUGGAUCGGCGUGGCCAGCUCUUGUGUCCUCAUGGGUUUGCUGAACCUCCUGUGCUGUCCGAGAUCCGGAGACCAAAUUGUUGAGGAGACCUUCGACAGCGUGGCGGAGGCUUGGGUCCCUAUCCACAAGGGUGGCCAAUUCGUGGGCAGUCCUGUCCGAAGCCCCUACUUCGGAACGAGCCCCUACAACGCCAAGGGAUAUGCCACCAGCCCGAGCUCGUACCACGAGAGCACCAUCAGCCCCACCAGCAGUCCUUGA